AUGGCCGCCGUCACUCAAGCGACGGCUCCCAAGACAGCGCCCUCACGAGAGGAUGAAACUCUCCUCGUGCUUGCGCGAUUAAUGGAGGGUGGACAAGAGGAUGACGAAACAAUUCGCGACCUCGACCAACUCACGAAGCUGCUCAAUGAGGACACCCAGCUCAUCCAGGCCAAGGCCGGCGCCCCCACGAUAUGCAAACUCAUCGACGGUGACUGCGUCGACACCGUCCUGACGUAUCUCGACAUGAGACAGCCCGAGAUCGUCCGCGCACACGCCGUCAUCGCCACGUCCGCCUACCUCAAGGCCGCCGGCGAUGAUGGUGCCAAGAAGCUUUCUGGCUUCUUUUUCGACAAGAUCAAGAGGGGCACCUAUGACGACUACAUCGUUGCGUUCUGCGUCGCUGCCGCCACCUUCCCCGUCGUGCCUGACCUCACGGCAGAGCUGUUUCUCAGCGAGGGCUUCUUGAGCUCCCUCGGGCCUUUGAUGAGAAGGAAGUGGAAGAGCCGCAAGGUCGAGACCGCCUGCCUGGAGAUGCUCAACGCCGCCUGCAUGAACUCGCAGUGCCGCGACGCUGUUAACAAGUACUGCACCGAGUGGCUCGAGGAGGUUGUCGACCAGGACCCCGACCAGAUCGCCAAGGAGAUGCAACAGGACCCCGAGUACUCGGCCAAGGAGGGCUCCAUCACCAUGCGCAAACACUCGGAGCAAGUCCAAAACCUCGCGGCCGUCAUUCUAGCGAAACUGAGGAACGAAGGCAGUGCCCUCCGCACCGGCGCAGAAUGA